AGUUCUCAUACGGUGUGUAGUCGCGUCAAGUGUUGAAAGUGUGUAAAUAACAAUUUUUUUUUUUUUUUUUUUUUGGAGAAAAAAUAAAUAAUAUAACAAUGCGAAAAAUCAGUUUUAACAAUUAAUUUUUCAUUCAAUCAAUAUACUAGAGUAAAUAUUUCGGAGUAUAUUUUACUUUCUCGUGCUUUCCAAAAUAGAUGAAUUUUGAGAUUUUUACCUGGAGUUGUAUAUGACUUUUACCCUAUUGACAAAGGAAUAAAAGGGCUGCAUUAUUCUUCGACUGACUUCAAUUCUAUGGAGAAUAAUUAAAAAUGCAAAAGAAAAUGGAGUCCCUUAAUGAUGAGGUGACAUUUGUGGAUUCUGGAAAUAUUAAAAUUUUAAACGAUUACUGUUUGAUACAUAUUUUUGAAUAUUUGACAGUUGAUGAUAAACUCAAUGCCGAGGAGGUUUGCAAGAGAUGGCAACAUUUAUGUCAAAAAGCAUGGUGUCAUUAUCAAUUUAAAAAUCUCUCAAUAAAUCAUGAUUCUUGGAAUUUACCAUGUAAUAUAUUUCGCGAUGAUAAUACAUCGAAAAAAAUAAUAAUGCGAUUGGCACGUUAUAUUACAUCAAUUGAUUUGAGUCGUCAAUAUCCAAUAGUUAAACGACAAGAAAUAAGUGUACAAUUUCUUUGUGAUGUUUUGGAAAAUUGUCACAAAAUUGAUACAUUAUUUUUAACAUAUCCAUUUACUGCCGAUAAUGAUAAAAUAAAUGAACUUAUUAAAUGGAUGAAAUAUUAUUCUUUACAAUUAACAAAAUUUGGCUAUGCACAUCAAUCAAUGAUAUUAACGGAUAAAAUGUUAUUUUAUUUAUUGUCAUUGAUGAAAAAUUUGAAAUUAUUUUUUAUUGACAGUAUUAUUGGUGAUGAUUUUAUUAAAUAUCUUCCACUUGAAUCUCUUGAGGAAUUAAUAAUGGAAAAUUGCGGUCAAAUUGAACUUAAUCCAUUGUUAGAUGUAUUACAAAAAUCGACUAAAUUACAUACAUUUUGCUCGAGUGGUUUAACAGCUGGCGAUAGAUUAAAUUUUUCCGCCAAUUCUCCGAUAAAAAAUUUAGGAAUCACUAUGUCAUUUUCAUCGAAUAAUUUACUGUGGUCACUGUCAGUUGGCCAAUUGAGAAAUAUUGAGAAAUUAAAUAUUGAAUUGAACGACAAUGUUAAUGAUGAAUUUCUCUACAAAUUGUCAACGUUUUGCAAAAAACUUACUUUCCUCAAUUUUAGUGGUUGUCAAAGUGUAACGGACGAGGGAACAAAACGUUUAAAUACAUUGCCAAAUUUAAAUUAUUUAGCAUUGGGUGGAAUAAAUAAUGUAAGUGGUAAAUAUUUUGGAAUAAUACCACAAUUAGAAGUAUUGGAUUGUAAAAAUUGUAUGAGUAUAACUGAUGAAUCAUUAAUGGGAAUAAUUCGUUUUGCAAAUGGUUUAAAAAUAUUAAAUCUCAGUGGUUGUUCAUUGAUAAGUAAAGAUUUAGUGAGAACAGCAAUUAAUGCAACGAGACGACGUGAAAAUGGUAUUAUUUUAUAUAUAUCCAUUGAUCGUACAUCAAUAAAAAUGAAGGAAAUUAAACGAAAAUCACCAAUGCUUAGUCUCAAGCAAAUGAUACAUUAUGCUGUUGAUUGUACAAGUAAUUAUAAUGGAUAUUUUCCAACAAUUUAUGAUUUUUAUUAUAUUUCCACAUCAACUAAUAAUGAACAUGAGACAAAACGAAUUUAUUCCUAUUUGAAAAAAGAUUGAGGAAAAGAAAAGAAAAAGAAUUUUAUAGGAGAAAGAAUUCUUAAAGAUAAGACUGAAAUAUUGUACAUUUUUUUUUUUUUUUGUACUAGGCAUAAUAUUUUUUAUUUUUAUGCUAUUACAUGAAAAUUUUUACUUUUUUUUUUUUUUUUUCUUAUAAUGGUAUAAAAUAUUUUACUCUGCGUGUUCUAUUUUAAAUCUCUUUUUUUAUAAUUUUUUUUUUCAGUUAGUAUUUAGUUUGAAGUAUUUUUAGUUUUUUUUUUUAAUUUCCUUUGAAAAUUAAAAAAAAUUUUUUUGAUAUUUUUUAGUGCAAUUCAAUCCAAAAAUUAUUUUACAUAUUUAUAUUUAAAAAAAAAAUUUUUACAUAUGGAUCGAAUUUUUACUUUUUUCGAAUAUAAUUUCGAUUUGAAAUUGAUUUUUGAAAUCGCUGUAUAUAUAAUAAAUGAAUGGAUUAAAU